AGAUAAAGGGAGGGAGAGAGCGCUUUAAACAGACGUGGACGGCUGCCUACUGCUCAUUCCCCAAUAGCUGUAGCGCAGAUGAAGCACCACUGCUGAGCUCAGAAAAAAAGCAAAGAACAUAAAACCAUCUGAAAAGAGAGUUAAAAGAGAAACAAAAAGCAGGACAGGCACUCAAUAGAAGCUCAGUUUUUUAUCAGCUGGAGGAAGUGAGUGUAUGUGCAUGUGGGAAAGAGUGUAAGAAAAGAGGAAACCUCAGAAGAGAGGAGAGGAGUGUCAGCAGAGCAGUGGAUUUAUGCUGUCCAGUCUUGACAUCCCUCCCUCCUUUCCUCCUCCUCUCCUCCCCCCUUCAGCAGGCGGGCUUUUUGUGGCUGACCAUGCGAGGAUCCUCUCAGUGCUGAGGGAAUCUCCUCUCCUCCUCCGGAUAGUUCUGUAGCUCUCAUUCUGUGGCUCAUUGACCCAGAUGCAGCUUUGACACUUAUCUUUUCCACGAGGGAACGUCUUGGGCAAGGUGCAGCGCAACUUUUGGACUGUGUAGACAUCUCCUUUUUCCUUGUGUUUAAUAAUUGAUGCAGUCUCUCUGCUGCUGCUCUGACGGUAUCCACAGGACGGGAUCAGGGAGGAAGGUCGGGACUGUGACCCCCGAAUGAACCCUCAGUGUGUCCUUUCUGUGUUGUAGACUGCAUCUUCUGCAUCCUCCACAUCCAGCAUGCAGGUCUCAAUCGCUUGCACUGACCACAAUCUGAAAGGUCGGAAUGGGGACCAUGGAAAAACGAACGCCACCAGCCCCAACGUGGUGAAUGCUGCAAGGGCGAAGUUCCGCACGGUUGCCAUCAUCGCCCGGAGCUUUGGUUCUUUCACCCCACGCCACCACAUCUCCCUUAAAGAGUCCACUGGCAAGCUCACUGGCAUGAAGUACCGGAACCUUGGGAAAUCUGGAUUGAGAGUAUCAUGCCUUGGUUUGGGCACAUGGGUGACAUUUGGAGGACAGAUUUCAGAUGAAGUGGCAGAGCAGCUGAUGACUAUAGCAUAUGAGAGUGGGGUUAACCUUUUUGACACCGCAGAGGUGUAUGCUGCUGGAAAAGCUGAAGUCAUAAUGGGAAACAUCAUCAAAAAGAAGGGCUGGAGGCGUUCCAGUCUGGUUAUUACCACAAAGCUUUACUGGGGUGGAAAAGCCGAGACCGAACGAGGGCUUUCUAGGAAACACAUUAUUGAAGGUCUUAAGGGCUCCCUGCAGAGGAUGCAGCUGGAAUAUGUAGAUGUGGUCUUCGCCAACCGGCCUGAUAGUAACACACCAAUGGAGGAGAUCGUCAGAGCCAUGACCUACGUGAUAAACCAAGGCAUGUCCAUGUACUGGGGGACCUCACGAUGGACAGCUAUGGAAAUAAUGGAAGCAUAUUCUGUAGCGAGGCAGUUUAACCUGAUUCCUCCAGUGUGCGAGCAGGCUGAGUAUCAUCUCUUCCAGAGGGAGAAGGUCGAAGUGCAGCUGCCAGAGCUCUACCAUAAGAUAGGUGUGGGCGCCAUGACAUGGUCUCCUUUGGCAUGUGGGAUCAUCACUGGAAAGUAUGAAAACGGUAUCCCAGAAUCCUCCAGGGCAGCUAUGAAGUCAUACCAGUGGCUGAAAGACAAGAUAGUUAGUGAGGAUGGACGAAAGCAGCAGGCAAAGCUGAAAGAACUCAGUCAUAUUGCUGAGAAGCUGAGCUGCACUUUGCCUCAACUCGCCGUAGCCUGGUGUCUGCGGAACGAGGGAGUGAGCUCCGUACUAUUAGGAACUUCAAAUGCAGAGCAGCUAACUGAAAACCUAGGAGCCAUACAGGUUCUUCCAAAGAUGACAUCCCACGUGGUCUCAGACAUCGAUCAUAUACUUGGGAAUAGGCCAUACAGUAAGAAGGACUAUCGGUCCUAGAGGCUCUGGACACAGGCUCAUGGUGAAGAGAGAUGCAUGUGUAGCAGUGUCCGUGCCCUAGUGGUUCCUGCUCCAAAUCUGUUUCCAUCAUCAGUAUGACCUCUCUCUGAAGCCUUGGAGUGCUCUCCUCCAUAACCUGUACCUGCAUCCCCUCUGUUUCUGCAAGUGUGCCUUUGCACCCAAGGAUCCCCUCGAUUGGUGUCUAAGUGUCACCUUGUAAUGGCACCUUGCAGGAGAUCUUCACUCACAAAUGUGAUCUAUGAACCUUAUAAACACCCAUGCUUGGCCUCUGCUCUGAAAAGCAUCAGCCACUGGGAUGUCUGGCUGUAUUAGCACAAAGAGUGGAAGAAGAGAGCAUGUGGCCCUCUCGUGUUCAAACGCAGCAACUGCAAUCCUGUUUCACAGACUGUAGAAUAGAGGACGCAGUGAAACAAUGUGCAUUCACAAAGAUUCAUGCUGUUUUGCCUGUGCAAGAAUGCCUGUAUUGAUAUUUUAGGAGGGAUAUUUUAAAGAAAUUACUACUUGAAUGAGGGUAGCAUAAAUCUAUAAAUACAUGCUUGAUGAUCAUGCAACUGUAUUUUUAACCUCAAUCUACACUGUAGUACAAAUAUACAUUAUUAGAGCGGAUCUGACAUGCAUAUAGUAUAUUAUGCCAGCUGCAUUCGUGGUAAUGUUUGAUUAUAAAUUCGUGUUUUUUUUUUCUCUCCUAGUAACAGUAUAGAAGAUAUUCAGAGGAUAACAACUUAAAGCGACACCCUUGUGGAAAAGAAGUGUGCUCAAUUAAACUGAAUACACACCUUUAGUGUACUGCAAAUUUGCAAAGUAUUAAUUUUUUAAAACUGUUCUUCUGGAUGACAUAUUAUCAAUGAAGGACACGGGACUGUAAAUCAAAUACAUGACACUUUCAUGACCAUGUUUCUUAAUACACUUAAUAGGACUUUUAAGACGUAAAAUGAAAAGAUUUACCUCAAAGUACGCUUUAAAUAAUUUAGUUUUAAUAAUAUGUUGUUGUGCUUUGUAGAAUUAUUUUGAUGUGUUGAGUAUCAUAUUAUAGCACAUGUAAAGAACUUGUGUUAAACUAAGUGUUAUUUAUAGUAUGCAGUUUGUUAUU